AUUUCUAAGUUUUUUAAUUCAAAUCCCUUAUGCACCAAAAGCUGAACCGAAUUUUCCGUCGUUGAUAUCGUUAUCAUUCAUUCUUAUGGAAUCUUCUUUCAAUGGGCAUAAGGAAACUAGCCCAUUUCUAGAGAUGCACAUUUAUGCUUAUAAAAUAUCAAAACAAAAUAAUAUGGAAAAAGAAUCAAAUACUAAUUCAACGGAUCAAGUUCCGCCGCCUAAUAAUAAUAUCCUCGAUGACAUAAAUACACCACCACCACCAGAUCCAUUGACAAUGUACUGUCCAUAUUGUCAGCAACAAGUGUUGACCACAGUAACGAGAAUUCCGGGUGCUCGUGCUUAUUGUUGUUCAGCCUUAUUGUGUUGUGUGUUUUGGCCGUUGUUCUGGUUACCAUGUGUAAUGAAAGAAUGUCAAGAUGAAUUUCAUCAUUGUUCAAGGUGUAAACGUGUUUUAGCUAUAAUUGAAGACGAACCAUAA